CUGUUUAAACGGCUAUACUGGGGAAGAACUUGGGUUGUACAAGAGAUUGUUCUCGCUACAGACAUUUAUAUCGUUUCGGGAUCAAGAUCAUUCUCGUGGGAGAUCUUACAGAGGGCGAUCGACUGCUACUUGCCCAACGCUAGGGACACUCUUGAGGUGUAG